UCUUGUCUGUCUACCCUUAGUUUCGUGCUUGUUGUCUUCGGUUCUCUAAUUUUUGUUUGGGGGCAUGAGAAAAGUGAAGUUUAAGAGUGUAAACGAACUGUAUGGGGUUAAAAGCGAGGUUUUAAAGGUUACAUCAAUGGUGAAAGGAAGUUUCUGUUCAGAAAAGCUUGCUGAUGAUUCCGACUUUCCUGCUCCUUUGAAUAUGGGAUCAUUUAAAGCUGAAAAAGGAUUUUGUCAUGCACAAUUCUCAAGAGGUAAAUUAUGUUUGAAAGAAGAAUCUGUGAAAUGCAGCUCAUGUGCUCCUUCAUGCUCACCAUAUGUGCAUUCUGAAGAAAUUGCAAUAAAGACCAAUGCGUUUGCAGGCGAAGCCUGUCGGAAAAAGCAAAGUAAUCUUUGCUCUUUUAAUGAUACUGAUUUGUCAUCUCAUCGGGUAAAUAGUCCAUCCAAUGGACAUCAUAAAAGCAGUAUGGGAAGCCACCCUCUCAGUGCAUGUUUGAGUCAUGAAUCCUCUGAAAAUGCAGAGAGUGGAGAAACAUGCUGUGAUUGCAACACUUCUGAAGGCAUUAAGAGGAUUAUAAAACCAAACAUGAAUCAGACCUGUGCAAAAAACUGCACUUCAUUAAAAGAACCAGUCUUUCAUGAUAAUGUAGUCUCGAAUCAGCUUGAGAAGCAGGCCUCGGAGUGCCUUGGAGAUAACAUCUCCUUUAUUUGUGGGUCCGAACAUGUGGAGACAAGAGCUGGCUACUGUAACAGUGAUGCAAACAAGAAAAAUGCAUCUUAUAGCUCUGCUUCAAUCAAUAGUUUUUCUGAGACUGAAAGUGCUUCUUGUUAUAUAGUUGGUGGUCCUUGUAGAAAGAAGUCAAAUAGAUUAUGCAAUGAGUCUUCUCAGGAGAUUUUAUGUUGUUCAAAUAAAUCAGACUUUUCUGAAAUUUCAUCAUUACGAGAUUCCCGUGCUGGUGCUAGCUCAGCAAAGGGAGAACACUCUGAGUGCUCUGUGGAACAAGCGCAAUUGUCUUUUGCAAGAGCAGAUGCGGUACAGGUUGGCAGUCAGAUUGGUGGCGAACAUAACUCUGUUGACUCUAUGCAAGUUGAUACAGGAAUAAAUGAAAGAGAACAAACAGAUGAAGUAAAGUUGACUACAGUGGUUAAGAAAGUCAUUAUGGAGGAAACUACUAUUGGAUCUUGGUCUGCUGCUUGCAGUGAUGGACCAGACAGCAUAGAAUACGAUGUAAAAGUUUGUGAUAUAUGUGGCGACAUAGGACGAGAGGAGUUGCUUGCUGUUUGUAGCAAGUGUAAUGAUGGGGCAGAACACACUUAUUGCAUGCGAGUGAAGAUGGAUAGCGUUCCCAAAGGUGAUUGGAUGUGUGAGGAAUGUGUUAUCAGUAGUAAAGAUAAUGAGAACCGAAAGGAAGAGCAACUAGAGGGUGUUAGGAUUUUAAAAAGAUCGUCAGAAGCCAAAGCUUUGGAGGUUGAGAAAAGUAAAGUGCGUAAAGCUUGUUCAAUUCCCUUGUUCUCCUCUAAGAGACCUGCUGACAGCUUACAAUUAAAGAGAAAAAGGCCUUUGGGGACAUUUUUUGAAUCACCUAGUCCAUGUAGUUCCAGCAGAAAAACUUCAAUGCAUCAAUCUGGAGGCCACUCUUGUAGCACCACUAUGAAAACUGUUUGCAUUCCUACCGAAUCAAGUGGUAGAUUACGUAAAUUGUCCUCACAAUCUCAGGCGUCAAGGGGAAUUAUUUUUAAAUCAAAAUCAUUCUCCGUGACAACCCUAAAAGAGGAUGUCCAACAGCUCAAUAAAGGACUUCAUUUUAAAUCAAAAUCAUUCUCCACUACGACCCUAAAAGAGGAUGUCAAACAGCUCAAGAAAGGUACAUGCCGCAAUGAAGGAUUGGUUAAAGAAACUGUUGCAAGUGAGAGUAGGGGGAGAGAUCAAAUGGUAUCUAAAUCUGUGUCAUUGAAGAAUAUGAAGUCAUAUAACAUGAAUAAUAGUAAUCAUGACAUUAAAUUAUGUCGUAGUAUUUCUCAUGUCGAGGAUUUGAAGGUAUCAAGGCAUCCAAAAGGAGAGUAUUCAACCAAGACAGAAAAGAAAUUGAGAUUAGCCAACGGUGAUUCAUUUGCAUCAAUGGCUGAUAAAAGAACUGCAUCUCUAGGAGAAAAUAGUCUGCCUCAAUCAUCCAGUUAUUCUAUUCAAGAUCUAAAGGCUGCAAAGGGUAAUGAAAUAUCAAGUCAUUCAUUAAAAAGACCUGUUCAUCCUGCCCAAGGAGGUUCUGCAAAUGAAGAGAAAAAGAGUUUUAUAAAUGAUAGGCAGCAUGUUGAGUGCCCUAUGGAAGUAGUGCCGGCUACCAGUACUAAGCAUUCAAAGGCCAAUGUCCACUCUGACGAACACCCUCUCUUGAGAGAUUCUUCUAGCUUAGCUUCUAAAGCACAUAUAGGCUCUUUGAUUUCUGCUGUUCCACAGCCCAAUUAUAUAUGGCGAGGCAAGUUUGAAAUUCAGAGUAGCGGCGGACUUCCAUUUACUUGUGAUGGAAUGCAAGUGCACUUAUCAACUUAUGCCUCGGAUAAAGUUCUUGAGCUAGUGCCGAAACUGCUUCAAAGGCUAUCGUUUGAGGAAGCACCCCGAUUGACCAUGUGGCCCACUCAAUUCAUGAAAAGUCGGGCCACUGAAGAUAAUGUUGCUCUCUACAUUUUUGCAAAAGACUUUGAUAGUUAUGAAGGAAGCUAUAAGAACUUGAUGGAUAGGAUGAUUAAGAAUGACUUCAGCCUCAAAGGGAAUUUUGGCGGGGUUGAGCUUUUAAUAUUCUCAUCUAACCUUCUGCCAGAAAAAUCUCGGCGUUGGAAUAACUUACUGUUUUUAUGGGGUGUAUUCAGAGGAAAGAUGGUUCAUUUCUCACGACCGAUUCCGGCUGUGUCUGCUUCUGAGAAUUUGAUUCUUCUUGGAAAGUCAAGUCAAAAUAUAUCCUUGUCCAUGGCAUCUCCUAAUACCCAAGAAAUGUUAAAUUCCAACACCUUGCUCGAUUCAAAGGCAGUUACAUCUGGAAGAAUGGUUGAAGUUUGUGAAACCAAAGCAUCUUCUUGGGAACAAAAACCCCCAGAUUUACAAAUAAGUUGUAGUCAACAAGUGAGCAGAGUUGAUAACCAAAUAAAAAAUGAGCAGUUCUCUGGAGCAGACACAUAUCAGAUUGAAGAAAAAGAGUCGAAGAAAAGACCUGAAAUUGAUCUUAAUUGUCCUCUUCAAGAAAGCCUAGUGUAUUCUGCAGGCUGUACAGAACCUGAUGGAAAGCGUGACUUCAAGAUGUUAAAGUGUUCUCCUAUCAGCGGGAUGAACAUAUGUAAUAAUAUCAUUAAAAAUAUUAAUGAGAGAUGUGCCAUUGCAAAAAAUAGCCAAGUUCCUAGCAGUUCUGGCGAGUUCGAGUGCUAUGGAGUUGACAAUACGGUGAUAGCUUCUCGAUUAGAUUCAGAAGGUAAUAGGUGGAAGUCCUUGGAGCAGCAAUUUCUUUCGAACAAUGGUGGGAGUCAACAAGAUCCUUAUGUUUCUUCAAGUCUUGGGCUUAAGGCUGGAAGGAAUUCUUCAGAUGAGGGAAACAUGCCACCAUUUUUGAAGCUGGUGGGCAGUAAAGAUUUGCAAGACGAAUACUGGGGAAGAGAAGCAAGUGGUGACACAAAUCCUUCACUGGCUCUGUCCCUUGCAUUGCCUGAUCCGAAUGGCAGCGGAGUGUUGAAACUUGAUUCGGAGAGGAAGUUACCCCCAGAGGUGAACACUAGGCUGUCACUUUUUUAGUUUAGAUUCAGGUUAUAUAUAGAAUAAUGGUAUGAAAUAGCGAGGCGGUACACAGCCAUAGUUUUCUAAGUUAAUAUGGAAGUCAUACACAUAAGCGUUCUCACCAACUUAAUGACUGAUAUAGUUUAGU